CACUUUUUUGCUUGAAGUUACUAUCCCCUGGUACAACGCUAGUACAGCCAGGUAUGGGCAAAAUCGCAUCGAAAUUCGUUCAACAACACUCAUUCACAGAUAAAACUCACCCUUCUAUUCUCCGUUUAUGCCUCACUUUAUUUGAGACAGAAAACAUUCACCUAUCCUCUUCGCAAAGUUCAUUCUCGAUUAUAAUGGAAAAAUACUUUCUCGAUUCCCCUCAUCUAUUCUCGGAAAUUUUUGCAUUUCCUGAUUUGCCUCUCGGAAUAAUGGUGAUAGAAUCAAACUGAUAACUUUUGCUUGAGCCAGCGAGUGUCUCUGUAAAAUCAUUCGUUUUUCACUCAAAUAGCAAUCAUUGAGCCUCGAUCGCGGCAGUAAAAUAUAGGUAGAUAGUUCAAAUCGAUUUGUUUCCUGUGCACUAAUGCAAUGACAUUUUUUGUUUCUAGUAUGAAACGAUCUAAGACCAUAUUAACGCAAGUUAUUGAUGAGCAGGAAGGUGGAUUCCAUGUGCACUUGAAUGCUGACAAGGAAAAGAGUACAAGGGAAAAUAAAAUCAUACAUUCACGCAGAUUCAAUCUAUUUUGACUCACUUGUUAUUUUGUUUCGUGCGUUCCUUCCAAAGGAAUAUUCAUUCAUUGAAUGUUGUUUUCCAUUCCUUGUUUUGUUAUAUUUUCUAUCAGUCCCGAAUGAAGAUGGUCGGGGAGUGUAAAAUAAUUCAUCUCAUUGUUUGCGGCAUUCUUUUCGCCAUGAUUAUUCCAAGUAGAUACAAGAGUGAUUUAUAAUCAGAUCAGGAGUGGAGAAAUGAGCGAAUGAACUUUCCCAUACUUGAGUACAGCUCUAUGUCUGUCAUAAGAAUUAAGUAAUGUUUUCAAAAUUAUCUGUAUCCAGAAAAAAAAAUGACUAAAAUGAAUUCUCAGUGCACCAGCAUAUGAUCGGUUAACGUCAACUAGAUUUCUUUUUGUUGUGCAAUUUCGAAAAAAAACAACUGUGAAUGAGAAUGUUUGCUGUUCGAGGAACUUUUUUCUGUUUGAAAACAAUCAAUCCCUACGAUAAAAACAUUUUACAUAUUCCAUUUUUGUUGUGUGUGUUUAGCUGUCAAGCUUUCUCAAUUUCUUUACUAAAAUGUCCGACACAAGUUUAGCAAAUAACAUUCGCAACCAUCUAAACGCUCGCGAAUUUCACCAAGCUGCAAAAGUAUUGCAAGACAAACGAUAUGAUGCUCGUUUACAAUCGGAAUGUAUGGAUUUAGUCUCUACUUUAGCUGAUAAUCUUACACCGGAUAACCUGAGAGAUAACUAUGACCUAUUCAUGUCAUGCGAAGAUUUACUCAAAAUUGUCGCAGCAAAAUGUGUUCCGCAAGAAGUGCUUUUCGAAUUGUUAGAAAAGAUAGAAAAUACGAAAAACGAUGAUGUUUUUACCAGCCUUCUGAAGGCUCUUCAGAUUGUAUUACUUCGCUUGAAAGAGAAUAAAGCUCGUUCUUUAGAGUGGAGCUUGAAUUCAAUAAUUUCAUAUAUCAACGGAAUCAAGCUCCCGGAAUACGGUACAAACUUCGGGGAAGAGGAAGAAAAACUUCUAGAAAAUGACUUUACCGUGCGAAGAAUUUUACAGCUGUAUAUGACAGUGAUGUUAUUUUUGGAACCGAUUGUGAAUGAAUUCGGAAAACUAAAAUGCACUAGUUUCAGAAAUACGGGAGUGACAAGGCAAAAUGUGGUUAUAUGUUUUAUUUUGCAACUCAUGGGCAAACCUUUGAUUUAUCUGAACGUACACGAACCGGAUCAAGCAGGAGUUAAAACAUACACGCGACAGGUUGCUGAAGAUUUGGUUUUUGCCAUAGUGAAACUUCUCGGCGAUGUUUUUUCUUUAUUGCCAUACGGAGAACAACGAAUGCGCUGGCCUCAGAAGAAAAUUAGUCAUACUGAAGAAAUAAUUGAGGAUUCUUCAUUUAACAUUUUUAUGAAUGACGAAAAAUGUCCCAUUCCUUCAUUGGCAAUGUUUAACUAUUUGUUACUCGCGGAGAAUCUUCUACCGACAACGUGUCCCAAAAUAUACAUGCCCCAGUACAUUUACGAAAAAGGAUUAUACUACUGCAACAUACUGAUGGACCAUGAGCACCCUGUAGCACAUUACAAAGGAAUUCUACUAGCUAAUAGCCUACGGAAACUGCUCGGUGCGGAGAGAUUAAAUUCUUUCAAUUUGGAUUUAGAUGUUCAUCAUCACUUUUGUAAAGCCUUGUCGAAAAUAAUUGUAUACUCAAAUAUUGAAAGAAAUCGGAAAGCGGGAACAUUUGCACUUCGGGAUUACAUUUUGCAAUUCGACAAUGAAGGCAGAUAUUUGUUAACUACAAAUCUUAUCAAAACAACCGAGCAUGAUGGACUCCGUUCCUUUAUUGUUACUAUCUAUAAGGACAUGCUUCACAGUGAGCUUGGGUUAGAUAAUCCUAGUCAAUGGUUCAUUGCGAGACGGUUGAAGGCGGUUAUACUAGGCGUGAUAUGCAACUUAACAAAAGGAAUUGAAACGGAUCUAAUGGAAAAUUCCGAUACAAUACUAUCCGCUCUGAACAUCUUGAUAUUUAUUUUUAUUCGCGAUAAGAAUAACCGCACCGCAAUUCGGGAUUACGUGCAUGAAAUCGAAAAUCAAUUCUUGCUUCCGCUGAGAAAAUCAAUUGACCUAGCCAGAGCACACUUCAAAGAGGAACAAUCUUCCGUUCAGCGCGGUGAGGAUGAUAAAUCCAAAUUCGAUAUUUCAAUUGAUAUUCUCAACGGAGGGGACAUUCCGGAACUAACCAAGGAGAGGAAACUGGAUAUGCUUGCGAGGGCGCUCAAUAACUUUGAUCUUAUGGAUUGUUUGUUGGCUCGAGUAAUCGAAUGCAUAGGAACUAAACCAACGAGUUGUGAAUCUAAACGAACAUAACUUUCAUGUCAUCUGCACAAUGUAAAAUUCUGUUUUUUUAAUAAAUCUAAUAGUCAUAUAAAA